CAAGGGUUACUUUGUAACUGUCGAAUGGAAACUAAGAAAGACGGAAAAAACGGGACCUGUAACCACACACGCGGAAGUCAAACUGAGCUCCCUUUGCAGGACGCCGGGGUAACAGUAAAAGUUAGAAAAGUGGGAGAGCUCGUAAGCAAAUUGGCGUCACGUGUCUAGAAAGUGUUGUGGACAGAAUGAUAACUUAGGUUUUCAGAAAAAGGAGAGACAAUCCCGAAGUCUAUAGGUAGAAUGGCGGGAGAUACUCAAGAUACAGAUGAUGACCAAACAUGCAGCCUCGGCAAACGCAAGAAGAAGAAAAACCGAAAGGAUACUAAAACCCGGACGGUGCACUCAAAUCUUUUAUACAGCUGCGCUAAAGGGGAGGAAAAUCCUAAUAGGCGGUAUGCGGACAAUAAAAUUAAAACAACAAAGUAUACUGUUCUGUCCUUUCUACCUAAAAACUUGUUCGAGCAGUUCCAUCGCUUAGCCAACGUUUAUUUUGUUUUCAUUGCCUUACUUAACUUUGUACCGGCUGUCAACGCUUUCCAGCCAGAGUUGGCACUGACGCCGGUUGUGUUUAUCCUAGCUGUCACAGCCAUCAAGGAUCUUUGGGAGGAUUAUAGGAGAUACCGAUCGGACAAAGAGAUCAACCACUUCGACUGCUUAGUGUAUUGCAGGAAUGAAAAGAAAUAUCUAGAAAGGUACUGGAAGGAAGUCCGAGUUGGUGAUUUUGUGAAGCUGAGGUGUAACGAAAUCAUACCUGCUGACAUUCUUCUACUUCACUCUAGCGAUCCAGAUGGAUUGUGCCACAUUGAAACUGCUAACCUGGAUGGUGAGACCAACCUGAAACAACGGCAGGUGGUCAGGGACAUCUCAGAACCGGACUCUGCUUUUGAUCCUUUGAAGUUCAACAGCAUCAUUGAGAGUGAAAAGCCAAACAAUGACCUGAACAGAUUCCGUGGAUACAUCAUACACAAGAAUGGGUUAAGAGCUGGCCUUUAUAAAGAAAACCUUUUACUUCGUGGAUGUACUCUUCGAAACACUGAUGAGGUUAUUGGAAUAGUUAUUUAUGCAGGCCAUGAGACCAAAUCUAUGUUAAAUAACAAUGGCCCUCGAUAUAAACGCAGCAAACUUGAACGACAAAUGAAUAUCGAUGUGUUUUGGUGUGUAAUUAUACUCUUGUUCAUGUGCUUAGUGUCAGCCAUCGGUCAUGGACUCUGGGUCUGGUACUAUGAGGACAAGCAUCCCACAUUUGGUGUUCCAAAUUCUGAUGGCAGCAGCCUUUCACCUGCAUUAUCAGCUGUGUAUUUAUUCUUGACAAUGAUAAUAGUGCUGCAGGUUCUAAUUCCCAUUUCACUCUAUGUAUCCAUCGAAGUUGUUAAGAUUUGUCAGGUGUACUUUAUUCAUCAAGAUGCGGCUCUCUAUGACGAAGAAACAGACUCUCAUCUGCAGUGCAGGGCACUGAACAUUACAGAAGACUUAGGGCAGAUACAGUACAUUUUCUCAGACAAAACAGGCACGCUCACUGAAAACAAGAUGGUGUUCCGGAGAUGUACUGUUGCUGGGGUAGAGUACUCCCAUGAUGCAAAUGCACGACGUUUGGCCAUGCACCAAGAUAUGGACUCUGAAGAAGAGGAAUGCAUGCCCAAGGCAGCAACCUUAACAAGGCGAGAGAGUAUUACCAGUCACCAUAGCAUGAAGGUCAUGUACAGAACUCAGAGCACAAAGUCACAUAGGCGUACAGGCAGCAGAGCAGAAGCAAAAAGAGCGAGCAUAUUGUCGAAGCACACAGCCUUCAGCAGUCCCAUGGAGAAGAACAUCACGCCUGAUCCCAAGCUGCUGGAUAAAGUGAAUGAAUGCUGUAGUCGACUCAGCUUUAUGAAAAGAAGUGGAGAACCGCUGUGUGAGCUGAGCCCUGAGCUUUGGGAUGUUCUGGAUUUUUUCAUCGCACUGACGGUGUGUAAUACUGUGGUAGUUUCAUCUCCGAAUCAGCCACGGCAUAAGGUCAGUGUCAGAUAUGAGCUGAAAUCUCCUGUUAAGAGCAUUGAAGAUUUCAUUCGAAGAUUUACUCCUAGCCGCUUGACUUCUGGAUCAGCAAGUAGCAGUUCAUCAAGCCUUGCUGCUAGUAAAUCCACUUUUAAAGUUGGGUCUAGUGUUCAGUCAUCACCAUCCGAUAGCAAUGUUACUAAACUCGAACAGCUGACAAACUCAUUUCAAAAAACAGAUAAUGGCUAUAAUCUGCAGAUGGGUGCAGAGUUUGCAUCUGGGAAGCCAGAAGAAGGUGAACUGCGGUAUGAGGCAGAAAGCCCUGAUGAAGCUGCCCUUGUAUAUGCAGCCAAUGCCUACAGCUGUACACUAGUUAGUAGACUACCUGACCAGGUAACGGUCGAGUUACCUUAUCUGGGGAAGUUAAAUUUUGAACUUUUGCACACACUGGGAUUUGACUCUACUAGAAAAAGGAUGUCAGUGGUAGUGAAACACCCUCUCACAGAUGAAAUAGUCAUGUACACCAAAGGUGCCGAUUCUGUUAUUUUGGAUCUUUUACAACCAUGCCUUUCAGAUGACCAGGAUGGCAAACAUCAAAGCAAAAUGCAAAGCAGGACUCAGAAUUACCUAAAUCAGUAUGCUGUUGAUGGACUUCGGACACUGUGCAUUGCCAAAAAAGUUCUUGAUAGGCAAGAUUAUGCUUACUGGCUAAAAUGUCAUUUAGAUGCUGAAACAUCUCUUGAAAACCGAGAAGAUCUGCUUUUCCAAUCUGCAACUCGUUUGGAGGCAAACCUGCAUCUUUUAGGUGCUACUGGCAUAGAGGACCGUCUGCAAGAUGGAGUUCCAGAAACAAUUGCAAGCCUGCGAAAGGCUGGGGUGCAGAUCUGGGUUUUAACUGGAGACAAGCAAGAAACUGCUGUUAAUAUUGCAUAUUCCUGCAGACUGCUCGAACAUGAUGAGGAAGUUAUAACCUUAAAUGCAGAGACCGAGGAAGGAUGUAAUGCAUUGUUAAAACAGACCUUGCAGUAUGUACAGUCCAUAUUUCUCAAAAGCAGCACAGGCAGUGAUGGAAAAUUAAAGGUAGUGUUUGGACCUCACCACCCGCCACUUUUUCCUCCAUCUUCAUCCCGUCCCAGACUGAGCAUGGUUAUUGAUGGCAAGACAUUGGCGCAUGCACUGGAUAAAACUCUAGAGGACACAUUUUUGGCCCUGACUAAAUGCUGCCGCUCGGUGUUGUGCUGCCGUUCCACUCCCCUCCAGAAAAGCAUGGUUGUGAAGCUAGUACGAGACAAGCUGAAAGUGAUGACUCUAGCAAUUGGAGACGGCGCCAAUGAUGUCAGUAUGAUCCAAGUUGCUGAUGUGGGAGUGGGCAUCUCUGGACAGGAGGGAAUGCAGGCGGUCAUGGCAAGUGACUUCGCAGUUCCACGGUUCCAACAUUUGGAGAAGCUUCUGCUAGUGCACGGCCACUGGUGCUACUCCCGACUCGCUAACAUGGUGUUAUAUUUCUUCUACAAGAAUGCUAUGUUUGUUGCACUUCUUUUCUGGUACCAGUUCUUUUGUGGUUACUCUGGUUCUGCAAUGCUGGAUCAGUGGUACCUCAUUUUCUUUAAUUUGCUGUUCUCGUCUCUUCCUCAACUCAUCGCUGGAGUGCUGGAUAAAGGUGUAUCUGCAGAAACAUUACUUGCCUUACCACAGCUUUACACAAAUGGACAGAAGUCUGAGGAAUAUAAGCCAUAUAUGUUCUGGAUGAACAUGCUUGAUGCCUUCUACCAAAGCCUGGUCUGUUUUUUCAUUCCAUAUUUUGCUUAUUAUGAUUCAGAUGUUGAUAUCUUCACAUGGGGAACACCUGUCACAGCCCUCACACUGCUAACUAUCUUGAUGCAUUUAGGCAUUGAAACCAAAACCUGGACGUGGUUCCAUUGGGCAUCGGUCAUCUUCAGCAUUCUCCUGUUUCUCACUGUGGCACUUGGUUACAAUGGAAACUGUCCAACAUGUUAUCCUCCAUCAAAUCCUUACUGGACUAUGCAAAGACUACUAGGAGACCCCCAAUUCUACCUGCUUUGUAUAAUCACACCUGCGGUUGCACUUCUACCUAGGUAA